GUGCUUAGUGCAGCCAUGGCCCGCGGUCCCAAGAAGCAUCUGAAGCGUGUAGCCGCUCCAAAGCAUUGGAUGCCGGAUAAGCUGACCGGUGUGUUUGCUCCUUGUCCAUCCACCGGUCCCCACAAGCUGAGACAGUGUCUCCCACUCAUCAUUUUCCUAAGAAACAGGCUUAAGCAUGCCCUGACAGGAGAUGAAGUGAAGAAGAUCUGCAUGCAGCGCUUCAUUAAAAUUGAUGGCAAGGUCCGAACUGAUAUAACCUACCCUGCUGGAUUUAUGGAUGUCAUCAGCAUUGACAAGACUGGAGAGAAUUUCCGUCUGAUUUAUGACACCAAGGGUCGCUUUGCUGUUCAUCGUAUCACACCUGAGGAGGCCAAGUACAAGUUGUGCAAAGUGAGAAAAAUCUUUGUGGGCACAAAAGGAAUCCCUCAUCUGGUGACUCAUGAUGCUCGUACCAUCCGCUAUCCUGAUCCACUCAUCAAAGUGAAUGACACCAUUCAGAUUGAUUUGGAGACUGGCAAGAUUACUGAUUUCAUCAAGUUUGACACUGGUAACCUGUGCAUGGUGACUGGAGGCGCUAACCUGGGAAGAAUUGGUGUGAUCACCAACAGAGAAAGACAUCCCAGGUCUUUUGAUGUGGUUCACGUGAAAGAUGCCAAUGGCAACAGCUUUGCCACUUGCCUCUCCAACAUUUUCGUUAUUGGCAAAGGCAACAAACCAUGGAUUUCUCUUCCUCGAGGAAAAGGUAUCCGCCUCACCAUUGCUAAAGAGAGGGAUAAGAGACUGGCAGCCAAACAGAGCAGUGGUGAAAUGGUCUCCAUGUAACAUAACAACAUGUUAAAAAGUUAUUUGUACUUAAUUAAAGAUAUUACAGUGUGAAAAAAAAUAAAAUAAAA